AUGGAUAGCGACAUCGUGGAUCGGCUGCGAAAUGUGUCGCUAAAUCUGCAAAUUUUUCAACGCAACAGCGCCAAUCGUUUUAAGCCGUUUCUCGUGAAUGUCACAGCCAAUUUGUGUAGCAUUUUGGACAAGCGUAACUUUCCAGCCUACACGACAAUUGUCAUGAACAUACUGAAGGAAGUGUCGAAUGUGAAUCAUAGUUGUCCAUUUUCGAAGCGUCUGAUUGUCAAAAAUCUAUAUGUGUAUGAAAAGUUCUUGCCGAUUGUUCCUACACUGGGACUCUAUAAGAUUGACUUUAAUUUUCUUGAAGGCUACCCCUAUGAUGAUAUCGGCACUGUCAUCCUCUAUAUACAAGUGACUGAUGUGAAAGAAUUUAAAUUCCGUACAAAAGCGCCAAAAGUGCAAGGACAUUACAUUAACAAUAGAGUUAAUUGA